AUUUAGCUAGUGGUAAUAAUUAAUUAAACAGAAGAAGUAGACUACUUUACUAUCAGUAUUACUUCAUAUCUACUUCGCAAUGACUAAUCUCAAGAUUUUUAUUAUCACUACUCAUUUUUUUUAUCAACUUCCUUCAUUCACACUCUCAUUAUUCCCCUAUUCCUUAGUUAACACUUGAUAAUUCUUUCCACAAAUUUAACUUUCUGUGACCAUAUCAACAUAUCAUGCUUUUCUUGAUCUCUCAUACAAAUCAACAUGGCUCUAAAAAGAUUCAAAUCAAUGAACAAACUCAUCAUCUACUUAUCAAUCCUGGCCGCCGCAGUCUGCAUCGCCACCUUCUCCAAAGCCUACUCCCUCAAAUCCUUCCUCCGCUCCGACGCCUCGUGCAACCACGCCACCGCCGCCGCCUUCUUCCCGUCCCACGUCAACGAGCAAGAGAUCAAGGAAACGCUCGACCUAGUCAUCCACAAGCUCAAGCACGAGCUCGACAACAUGCGCGCGGGAGCCAUGCCCCCGCGUUCCACCCACGCGCCUCUCCUCGCCGACGUCCUCGGCCUCAUCGAGUCGGCCCACGCCUCCCUUUCCUUGGGAGAGGGAGAGGAAGCUAACCAGCAGGCGCGAACAAAAAAUUUGUUCGCGCCUGCUGAGCAUUUCCUGACCGAGGAGAUCAGGAAAUACAUCCGGGUCAAGCCCAACCGGCUCGGGAAGCAGAACUUCAUGGGCGCCAACGGCACGCACACGAGCGUCGGGCACGGGUGCUUCGCCGCGAGAGCCGAGCUGGAAUCCUACAUGGACUACGACGUCGGCGACGUCUGCAACGACGACUGGAAACUAGCGCAGAAGCUCAUGAUCCUCGGCUGCGACCCCCUGCCGCGGAGGCGCUGCUUCUCGCGAGCGCCGCAGCUCUACGCGGCGCCGCGCCCGAUCAACGAGUCCCUCUGGAAGCUUCCAGAGGACCGGAACGUGCGGUGGAGCGGCUACCGGUGCAAGAACUUCACCUGCUUGGCUAGCAACGCUACGAAGAAGGGAUUCUUCAAAUGCGCAGACUGCUUCAAUCUGGUGGAUCACGAGCUCCCUAGGUGGAUCGAGCCGGUGAAUCUGGCCUCGGAUUUCACGAUCGGCGAUGUUCUGGAUCUGAAGCGCGGCGAGAUCAGGAUCGGGCUCGAUUUCAGCGUGGGGACGGGGACGUUCGCGGCGAGGAUGAAGGAGCGGAAUGUGACGGUGGUGACGGCGACGGUGAAUCUAGGGGCUCCGUUUAGCGAGACGAUCGCGCUGCGGGGGCUGGUGCCGCUGUACGUGACGGUGAAUCAACGGCUGCCGUUCUUCGACAACACGCUGGAUCUGAUCCACAGCACGCGGUUUCUGGACGGGUGGAUUGAUCUGGUGCUGCUGGAGUUCGUGGUGUACGAUUGGGAUCGGGUGCUGAGGCCGGGGGGGCUGAUGUGGAUUGAUAGCUUCUUCUGUUUGAAGGAGGAUUUGGAGGAGUAUUUGGGGGUGUUUGGGAUGUUGAGGUACAAGAGGCAUAAGUGGAUUGUGGUGCCUAAGUUUGAUAAGAAUGAUGAGAGAGAGGUGUUCUUCUCUGCGGUCUUGGAGAAACCAUCUAGGCCAUUUAGAUGAUUGUCAAUCGUUUGAGUUUUGGAAAAUGUGAUAUUUCAGAAUUUUUCAUCUUUGGAAUGAUUAGAAUAAGGUAUAGCAUAUUGUUACUUGAUGUUUC